UGGUAAAAUUGACUUUAUUGUUCUUGUGCAACAAUAUUCUAAGGAUAUAUAUAUAUAUAACGCUUCUCCAACAGAAGCUGAUCAGCCUGAUCGAUCUGCCUCGGGAAGAGAAAUUAUAACUAAAAGCGUGUUCAUCCAAAAGAACGCUAUGGGUUUCGUUCUGAUGAAGAAGAAGAGCCUUCUUUUUCUCCUCUUUUCUGCAGCUAUUUUCUCCACCUCGUUUGCAGUGCGACUAUCCAAAUCAUUGGACAGCCCAGAGCUGAAGGAAAUCGCAACGACUAAUAACGACUUUGAAUCGCGGGAGAAUGACGACUUAGAACUGUGGAAGCAACAACGCCAUGAUGAUGAGAUCCAGGAAAGAGUUCUCAGAGUGGAAACAAAUGACUAUGGAAGAUAUGAUCCUGCGCCGGCACUUGUGAAGCCGCGUUUCAAACUCAUUCCCAACUGAUCAAAGUGAUGAGGAGAUUUUCAUUCGCUUUGAGGAGUAUAUAUAUAUAUAUAUGUAAAUAAAUAUUUUUUGCAACAGUACUGUACAUAGCAAUCCUUUUUCUCUUGUUACCUAUACAAAUGUUAGUUUGCACUUGGAAUGCAGCAAAGUGAAGUUGAAGUAAUUAAUGUACCAGAAAUUGUAACUCAAAUCGGAUAUGAUUAGAUUCAAAUUAAUUAAUUAACUAUAUAGUAAUUACAAGACACUCGACAAGUGAUUGAUAUACAAUUCAA